AUGGAAACUUCUAAUAACAAAAAAAAGACUUUAACUACCAAUAAUACUUCUAAUUCUAAUAAUAAAAGUAACACUAAUAUUAAGAGAAAUUAUCGGAGAACUCAAGGUCCACAACAUUUCAAAAAAAAUACUGACUCUCACUCACAUUCAAAUAACAAUGUUGAUGCAAAUGAUAAUGAUGAUAAUGAAACUUGUUUAAUUUGUGCUGAAAAAUUGAAAUAUGUUGCAUUAUCUCCAUGUAAUCAUAUGACUUGCCAUAAAUGCUCUUUUAGACAACGUGCGCUAUAUAAAAAAAAUACCUGUUUAAUUUGUAGAUCAGAAAUGGACAAAAUGAUUUUCUCUGAUAAUGUGGAAAAACAAUUUAAUGAUUAUGAUUUGAAUAAUACUGAUUUUAUAAUUAAUACCACCUAUAAUAUUCAUUUCACUUCUACAGACGUUUCCAAUUGUACUUUGAAUCUAUUAGAAUUUCAUUGUAAAGAUGUAAGGAUUUCAAAGAUAGAAAUUUCAAUUAUGGCUACGUUUAAAAAAUUAAAUGCUCAUCUAAAUUCUGAUCAUGGUAAAACUCUUUGUAUGAUAUGUGCAUUAAAUAAAAACGCCUUUGCAGUGGAAUUACCUGUAUUCACACAAAAUCAAUUAAGAAAUCAUCAACAGAGAGGUGAUAAUAAAGGCGGUUUCAAAGGUCAUCCAAUAUGUGCAUUUUGUUCAGGUAAGAGAUUCUAUGGUGAUGACGAAUUAUAUUUACAUAUGAGACAAAGCCAUGAAAAAUGCCAUAUAUGUGAUAAAUUAAAUCCACAAUCUCCACAAUAUUUUAAAGAUUAUGACCAAUUAUUUGAUCAUUUUAAAGCAUUCCAUUUUGUUUGUACUUUCCAAUCUUGUUUGGAUUGUAAAUUCGUCGUGUUCGGUGAUGAGAUCGAGUUACAAGCCCAUAUAUUAAAGGAGCAUGGUGAUAUAAUUAGAGGCAAACCAAAAUUGUUUCAAUCUGAAUUAUCUACUUUUAUUUCAGCACCUUCAAGAGUAAUCCGUGAGGGAGAUCAAUUAAAUAAUCCAACAUUAAAUUCAAAUUCUCUAAAUGACUUAUCAAAUGUUUCUCCAGAAGUUAAAAGAUUAAGAUUAGAACAAAGAGCAAAACAUUAUUUAAAUAAUUCAAGAGAAGAUUAUGAAACAUUUGAAGCUCUGAAUAAUACAUUUGACAAAAAUGAAAUUUCAGGUGCAGAUUUAUUAGUUUCAUAUAAGUCUUUAUUUAAAUCGGAAAAUUCAGAUGUAUAUCUCCUAAUCAAUAAUUUAUCACAAAUUUAUCCAUCAAAUUCAAAUAAACAUAAGGAACUAAAAGCAAUAUAUGACCAACAUGAAAGAACCGAAGAAAGAAAAACUAAUGCAUUACCUUCUUUGAGUAGAGAUGGUUCAUUUAAUGGUGGUUCAGGUGGUAUAUGGACUGGUGCAUCAGGAUCAUCUGGCAGUAGUUCAGGAGGUGGUAGAAUGAACACUAGAAAUUUACCCACUUUACAAGCCAAAUCUGCCUCUCAUGAUGUUUUUGCCCGUAAGGUAAGAACUCAACCCGUGAAGCCUGUCAAAACUGUUUUAGCUAAAAAGAAGGCUCCUGUUUCUUAUUCCACAAUUACGUCUGGAACUAAUUCUUCUAACGCUAUUUCAAAUUCGGUUCAAUUAUCUGCCACCUCUUUGGAAAGAUUAAGUAGCUCUUCUCCAAACAAUAACUCAAGAUCAUCUUCAAACUGGGGUAAUUCUUCAUCAAGCAACAACAAUAAAAGUAAUGAUAAAUUAAAAUCAAUGAAUUUACAAUCUUUACCGACUCCCAAACCAAAAGUUUAUAUUCCUCCGGUGAAAGAAACUAACCUACCUGAUCCAAAAAAAUGGGGUAAAGAACAACCAAGUAAUAAUCAAAAUAGAUUGCCCAAUGAUUUAGAAAGCUUAUCAAUAUCUAGUACAGGCAAAAAGGGUAAGAAACAAAAACAAUUGUUAUUUCAUAUCGGGGUUUAA